CAGCCAGAGGUUACGCCAGACGGGAGCGCGCUCGCAAAAAUGUGAUUUUGUAGAAAACCCUUUGCAGUCGAACGAGCGGUUGAGGUUCUCGUGAGACUCCCGGACGCGCGUGUCAGCGGCGGAGCGGAGCGGAGCGUGCUGUCCGUGUCGCGCGGCCGAGCUGCUGCCCUCAUCCCGAGCUUUCCCCCCACCCCCCGGAGGCUGUCGGACGGGACAGCGGAGCAUCGACCGAGGUUCCCGGUGCAAUGCUGCCCUGCUUGAGAGCUCUCCUGCGGCCUGGCCUCUCCCUGAGAGCCGGGACCGGGACCAGGACCGGGUCCGGGCUGGCCAGAGCCGCGGCAGCCCCCCCGGUGCGGCUGGGCUCGGAGCCGCCGCUCACCGCGCUGGUGCAGCGGUGUCAGCUGGGCACGCACCCCCUGAAGGAGCCGGUGGAGCCGCUCAACUCCCCCCGAGGAGCCAAGGAGUUUAUUUACAGCCUCCACCCGUCCGAGCGCACCUGUCUGCUGAGGGAGCUGCACAGGUUCGAGUCCAUAGCCAUCGCGCAAGGGCAGCUGGAAAUUGCACCGCCGACCGCAGCUCAGUUAAGAUACGUGCUGCUGCACAACGCCCUGCCCUUUGUUGGAUUCGGUUUCCUGGACAACUGCAUCAUGAUUGUUGCUGGCACACAGAUUGAGCUGUCUAUCGGAGUGGUCCUCGGUAUUUCAACCAUGGCAGCUGCUGCCCUUGGCAACCUGGUAUCUGAUCUGGCAGGAUUGGGACUCGCCGGCUACGUCGAGGCUCUGGCGUCUCGGCUGGGGAUGCAGAUCCCCGACCUGAGCCCGAAGCAGGCCGACAUGUGGCAGACCAGAGUCAGCUCCCACUCGGGUAAAGCCAUCGGCGUGGGCAUCGGCUGCAUCCUCGGCAUGUUCCCCCUUCUCUUCUUCAAGGACGACGACGAGAAGAAGGAAGGCCAGACGGAGGCGACAGAAAAAACUCCCGCUCCGACAGAGAGCAGCAAAAACUGAACCCGGCGACGCCGGAGACAAAUACUAUGUGGAAUCCCUUCCAGCACUUCACCCAACGCGACACCCUGUGGACCGAAGCGUCACUAAACCCACACGGUCUCAAUCAAACUGUCAGAAGUGCUGUGAAGAGGAUUUUAGAUACUAUUUGACUGUAGGCUGAAGCUAAGCACAGGAAGCAGGUCAUCUCUCGGAGAGACGAGGCCGGACUGCCGCUGCCUCUCGCACUGUAACCUCAACCCGUCUGGACUGACCGACACGGACCGAAACCCGUUCAUCUAACACGCACACGGCGCUGGCCUCUCCGCCGCCGCUUCUCUAAUAACUGUUCAGUGGAACACGUAUAAUAAUAACACUUGUGACUCUAGAUGGUUAGGUAGCAAGUAGGCUCAGUGACAUUCUGAAAAAUCUGCAAGUUUUUUGCAAACUGUGCAAACGGGAGGAAAAACCAUUAGAGCUCAUUUAAAAAAAAAAAAAAAGUUAAAUAAUUCUUGUUUUGUGUCAGAAAGGUUGAUGACUAAUAGACUGAACCAGAUAGCUUGAUUCAGACAUUUAAUGGAAUAUUUUGAACCUUUUUUCAGAUUUUUUUUUUUUUGCGAGGAGUUUAGAAAAUAGAUUCAGAGUUUUGCGAGCAUGUCUGCUUUCUCCUUUCACGACCACCAGACAUCAUUAACACUCGACAGCUUCCCCUUUUGUACUCUUAUUUUGCAUUGUCUUUUAUGGACUACAUGUUUUUAAUGCUCUGCACAUUGACAGAAUGCCUCCCAGGUGCACUGUAUCUCUGCGGGUUGAUGCUCUUCUGCAGAUCUAUUCUGAGUUGCCUGGAAAUGAGAGGAACCGCAGACAAAUGGCGGGGAGGGGGGGGCACCGAAUAGCUGUUUCAGACGCUCACACUCGACCACCUGAGACCCCCGUCCAAUAUACGAGGAUCUUCCAGCUGCAAUAUUAAGCUUUAUCUCCUCCAGAUCAGCAUUUUCAACCCAGAGCAAAUCACAACACUACAUUUCUUCCGUGGGUCGAUUUCAGCUGACUUACUGUUCUGACAGUAGUGAGUGGUUUGAAGUGGUGUUUAUUGUAAUAGAAAAUCAUUGUCACGCUGUUUUUGUUUGGUGAAAAAAGCUGCUUGUGCUGAGGGCACAACUCCACGACUGGCUUUACCUUGAGUGAUGUUGUUUGUUCUGCUGCCCUCCUCUGGCUGAACACUUCUUCUCCAUAUGUUCACCAGUCACUCUUUUCUUCUCUGCAGGUGAGCUUUCAGCCCCCACCCAGAGAUUAUUUCCAAACCUUUUCCAAUUUUGAUUUUUUUUUUUUUUUACCCUUUAUUAUUGUUGUGAUUGCGCUCCUCUUAAUAUGCAAAUGAAGCAAUCUGCAGGGUUUUUGUCUCCUGCUCAGCAAAAGCCGCACCGCAGAGUGUUUACAGCCUUACAUCUGUUUAGAAAUCACCUGAAAGGAUGCAGCAGUGUGUCGUGUUUCCCUCCCAAGAUGUAUUUAUUUUGGUAAAAUAUUCAGAUUGGUAGUCAUAGUCAUGUCUUCUCAGUCUAACGUCUUCCAUCGCUGAGGAUGAUGUGAGGAUUUCUCUAACAAGAGGAAGUGGAACCUCACAGACAGUCAAACACGUCUGAACAGCCUGACAGGAGACUUUACCUGUAUCUGGUCGAAACGAUGAUCUGAAAGUACGUGUGAAAGGAAGGAACCAUACUUCUGUAAAAUCUUCCAUCCGAUUGCUUGAUUUCCACAUUGCAUGCACGGCCAAUAAAAACUCGAUCAAAGAACCGAGUGUGUUCUGAGAAUAUGCAUUUCAGCCGAAUACAAACCCAAAAAAAGGUACAAAGAAGAUACUGAGAUGAUAUUCCAGGCUGAAUUCACAUGGACAAGAUCACAUCUUUUCAUCUAAAUGUAUUUUAUUGUGGGAAAAUAAAUGAGCAAUGAAGGCGUAAGUGGAGUGGAAUGAAAUACGCUGUCGAAUCAAUAGAAAAAAGCCGUCUGUCAAAUGAAGGGUUGGAACUAUACGGUGAAUCACUAUGACAAUUAUUGUAAAGACAAUGACUGCUUUGGAGAAUCUGAUGAUUUUUCUCUUUUUUCUUGAUAGUAGCAAUUUCCCUCUGUGAACUGUGUUGAAUUGAAUUGCCUGUCACAGAGUCUUUAUUGUAUAUAAUAUAAUAUUAGAGCAGAGAUACUGUCAAAAGGAUGCUGGUAUUUUUUUCCAGAAUUCACACUGUACUGUAUCACUAAACUAAGUCAAAUCAGUCCGUUCAAAUCUGUAAUGACGAGAAAUGAUCAUUAGCUCGUCGUACACAGGAAGCCCCAAAGGUGUGUUCAGUUCAGCAUGCUGCAGGCGGAUGCAUGCUUACGGACCUGUUUUAUAUUAUUUCUGAUAGUUUUGCGUGACGUGAGCCGAUUGUGUCGAUACAGAAGCAGAAUCUGACAUAAACUCUUGACUUUCCAGUAAUGGAGCUU